UAAAACAGAACAGCCAUUUAGCUCCAACCAGUCACCAUGAGAAUACGAACGUGUAUAGUCGUAUUAAUCAAUGUCAUUAAACUGUGCAUCUGUGAUGACCGCUAUGGUGACCUAAAGCAGAAUGACGCUAUGUGUGCGCGUUUUGGAAUGAAUGCACUCUUCGACCCUGAAAUGGUGGUCAAGACAAAAUGGAGGAUAUACUACACUUGGAAUUUGAAAUUGCCCUUUGGAUGCCUUGAUAUGACGUUCAAAACUGUUAAUCCAAUGAUCAUCAACCGCUUCUACUCCGACAUGAACAAGCACCUGGAGACGCAGCCAGUGUGGGAAGCAGCUACUCUGCUGGUGACUAUGGGGUACUUCAACCAUCAGAUGCUGCUGUUCGCUGAGCCUGGCCCCGCUGGAAAAUUUAUCGGCAUACCGAACAUCUCACAACGAGCUAUCGAGAUGCUACCGCACCCAGCCAGCGUGCCUUUCCUCAAGUUCCAGCUGAAGCUGAUCCGCGACGGCAAGUUCCUGAUCAUGAUGGACUGCCACGUCGGAGCCGUGUCGCUCUCGGCUCGGUACAGCGGGGCGCCGCCCACCGAGGAGGAGCUGGCCGAGGCUGUGGCCGAAGCUGGGCUGGGCGAGGGCUUCUCGGCUUGCAUGAAGGGAAAGAAACCUAUAAAGGUCUAGGACAACGUUGAUAUCAUUGAUAAAAUUAUACAGCACUGAG